UGAGCCACUUAAAUGGGAAGGACGGAGGAGGGAGGUGCAGCAGGUUGGGGGUUUCGCUCCGGGUUCACGGGCUGGCAAAGGAAACAGGAAGCGAAGACAAAGGGGCCGCGCCGUAGCAGCGGCGCAAAGACAACCCAGCCCUGAGUGUGAUAUUGAAGUGCCGGAAAGAUUGUUAUCUUCCUAUGAGCAACUUAAACGUUAUCAUCUUUUGGAAAGAUGUGUCCAUGUACCUGUCAGGGAAGGAACGGAAGAAGAGAUCAUGUUGGUUCACAGAGGAUACCGCGAUGGAUUGGGACUCAAGAGACCUGGGUUCUAUUUCUAGCUCUGCCAUUGGCCUGCUGAGUGUCCUUGAGCAAGUCAGUUCCCUUCCCUGUGCCUCACGGGGACAAGGAUACUGACCUCCUUUAUAAAGUGAAUUUGGAUCCUACUCCUUAGUUCUUGCGAACCUCUUCAUUUGGAGCCACUCUUUUACAUCUGUUCCUAUUAGGCAGCUGCCAUUACUGUGUCUAUAUUCUACCUGGAGUGAGACUGUGGCUUGUGUUGCAUGACCCCACAUGAGAUUCAGAAUACUUGGAAGUUGUAAAGAGCACCCAGACAAUGAAUGAAGAAGAACUCCGAAGAGUCUCAGGAAAUUAUGAUGCUGUUUACUUUCAUCCGAAUACUUACCGCUGUGCUAAACUAGCAGUAGGAGCAACUUUGCAACUGGUGGAUUCUGUGAUGUCAGGAAAAGUGUGCAAUGGAAUGGCAUUAGUAAGGCCUCCAGGUCAUCACAGCCAGCGAAAUGCAGCCAAUGGAUUCUGUGUGUUUAAUAAUGUUGCCAUUGCAGCUCAGUAUGCCAAAAGAAGAUACGGUCUCCAGAGAAUUCUCAUUGUUGACUGGGAUGUGCACCAUGGACAAGGAAUUCAAUAUGUAUUUGAAGAGGAUCCCAGUGUUCUCUAUUACUCCUGGCAUCGCUAUGAACAUCAGCAGUUCUGGCCCUUGCUCAGAGAAUCUGAUUAUGAUGCUGUUGGUCAGGGAAAAGGAAAAGGAUUCAAUUUAAAUGUACCUUGGAAUAAGGUCGGAAUGGGAAAUUCAGAUUAUCUAGCUGCAUUUUUCCAUGUGUUGCUUCCAGUGGCUUUUGAGUUUGUUCCAGAACUUAUUCUGGUCUCUUCUGGAUAUGAUUCAGGAAUUGGUGACCCGGAGGGUCAGAUGAAUGCUACUCCAGAGUGUUUUGCCCACCUUACACAUUUCCUAAUGCAGUUAGCUAAUGGAAGGCUGUGUGCAGUUCUAGAGGGUGGAUACCAUUUGAAGUCAUUGUCUGAAUCAGUCUGCAUGACUGUAAAAACUUUGCUUAGAGACCCUCUCCCCCAGAUCUCUGGAGAAAUGGCACCGUGCUUAAGUGCUGUUGAGUCUAUACAAAAUGUGAGAGCUGCACAUAAACCAUACUGGAAAUGUCUGAUGUAUGAAGAAGCAACUCCUUUACACAAUCUCGUUACCAAGUCAAAACAGAUGAUGGAGGCUGAGCUAAUUCAAACUAGUACACAUCCCACAGCAAAGCAAGCGGUUGGGAAGACUAACAGUGAUGAAGCUAUCAAAAUAGACAGGUUUUUGGAAUCACACAUGAAAAAAAUUCUCUUUCCAGUGCCUCCUGUUAAAACAGCAGCAGCAAUUGUCUCUAAAGCUGAUGCACAUUUGCUACCAAUAUCUGUUCAAGUGGAGAUGGAAAUGAAUGCACAAGAACUGAAAACUCUUGUCAGUGCACUUGAUGCAGAACUUGUGAAGGAAGAGAGAGCUUUACUCUCUCUUCAGAAUGUGGUGGCUAUCCUAGAUAAAAUACUAAAGAAGAAGGUGUGCAAUGGAAUUGCAGAAUCAUCUCUGGCUUCUGUUUCUACAACCUUUGCACUAAAGCACUGCUUUGAUUUUGGAUUACAAAGAGUGCUCUGCAUAGUUGUUGGAGACGUGGAUCUUGAACUCGAUUUAGAUGAUGGAAAAAUACUUUUGAUGAACAUUUGCCAGAAACAGCAAACUGAAAAGACCAACUCCAAAUAUCAUAUUUCUCUGAACUGGAGAGAGGAUGCUGAAAGAAACAAUUUCUUUUGUGCUGUACUUGGAUUCAUUCUUCCUGUAGCGUAUAGCUAUCAGCCUGACUUAAUGAUAAUAGUCAUUGGACCAAACAGGAGCCUUGGUAUAAAUGGGAUUUCUCUACUUACUUGUUUACUGCAAGGAUUAGCUGAGUCUCGAAUUCUUGUGGUAAUUCAGGACACAGAAAUAAAACUAGUGCAAAGUGUGGCCAAAACCUUAUCAGGUGUUCCUGCACCUGACUUUGGAGCCUAUGCACCUGCUUCCCAAGAAAAUGUACUUGAAAUAAAACGAUUAAGAAACCAACUUCAACAGGAAUGGAAAAUGCUUCGAUGUUCAGUAAGGGACUGGAUUUCUGGAAGCUGAGGUCACUUGACUACCUUUGGGCUCCAUCAUUUAACACAUUUCAUCAUGACCGAAGGAAAAAGUGUCACUUUUGGUUGUUUUCUUUUAAAUCAAUGAACAAAGAUUAUCAAGAUAUGGCCACAGCAAGAGCCAUUCACAAUUGUUUUACGACUAUUAAAUAUUUUUGUUCAAGAACCACAUUUUCAGCUAAGAGCUCUUGCUGUGUGUCCGCAAAAGCGUUCAUGUAUCAAGUUGUGCAUGCAAAACCUGCAUUUGCUUGUAACUGCCUGCCAAAUUAUGGACCCAGUCCUGCAAACAUGUAUAGGUGUAUCUUUUCAUGCAUAGAAUCAUAGAUGUGUAGAAGUGGAAGGGACCUUGAGUGGUCAUCUAGUCCAGUCUCCUACACUCAAGGCAGGACUAAGUAUUAUCUAGACAAGGGGUAGUCAGUAGGUGGACCAUGGGCCAAAUCUGGAUCGCCAGAUGCUUUUGAGCAUACCCCGAAAUCUUUUUAUGUACGUAUUAUUAUUAUUAUUUUAUUUUAUUUUCUCUGGAGUCUGGACCUUGACUAUAUCUUGACCAAGAAAUUUGGACCUUGACAAAAAAUAAUUGACUACCCCAAUCUAGACCAUCCCUGACAGGUCUAGCCUGCUCUUAAAAACCUCCAAUAAGAGAGAUUCCACAUGAAUGGUCCUAUGUAACUCAAUGAGACUGCUUAUGUGUAUAAGUGUUUGCAGGAUUGGGCCUAUGUGAUUUAUGAGUGCAAAGAUGAGUUUUGCACAUGCAGUAAGCUGAGUGUAUAUGAAUUGUGAAGCUGACUGGAAACUUGGGCCCAAGAGGAGAGCAGGGAGAAAAUGAGUGGUCAUAAUACAGUAAUUGAGGAGUUUUCUGAAUUACUCCAAAGUAUGAACAAAUACUCUGCACUGCCUUCCAGCAACAUGUAUCAAACACAUUUAAUUCUGAAUUAAACUUUUUAUUGACAGUCCUCCAGCCUCCUUUUAUCAUCCACUAAUCUCCUAUUGCAAGCUUCCAUCUUACUUUCCAUGGACUAGAUGCUGGUACCCAGGUUGAAUUGCAAAAUAAUUUCACUUAGGUCAAUGGGACUACUCAUGGAGUAAGGUUAUCAUAACCUGACCAUAUGUUAGUAGUCACCAUUCCCUACAACUCCCCCCGCACAAACAUAGCCACACUUUCUCUUGUUUCUUAAUUUUUUUUGAUCAACAGUUAUCUGCCUAGCUAUUUCCAGGAAAUAAUUUUAAAAGAAAAACACUUGGGGGCAUAUUAUAUUUUGAAAAUAUGCAUCUGGUGUUAAUGUUUAAUAUCCUGACAUAUACAGCAUUCUUUUAUUCUUUAUAUUACUUUAUUCAAUUUAUUCAGGCAAGGAGCCAGGAACUCCUGAGUUAUCUUCCCUUUGUUAGUGGCUUCUUCUGUGGCUUUUGAUAGUUCUCUGGCCAGUCUCUGCCUCAGUUUCUCCAGCUGUAAAAUGUAAUAGUCCUCCCCUCCCAGGAUUAAAUAGUUCAUUUCUGUGAAGUGCUUUGUAGCUGAAAAGCACAAUAUAAGCACUAAGCAGUAUUAUUAAAUGGAAUGGUUUGAAUAGCUAACACUGAAGUAGGCUCUGUUUUGUUUCUUUUGGGAUAUUUACGUAGGUGGUAGCAAGGUGAGCUGAGAAGUGUUUUGAUUUGUUGAUGUACUUCAUUUUGUAUGACAGAUUUCUAUAGUAGGAGGGAUGAGCUGGAGUGCCAAUGAGAAGCGCAGUCAGGAAAGUAACAAAUACUUUCCUCAUGGACUGUAUUUUCUAAAUGGACAACUAACCUGAUUCUCAAUUACUGGGGGACAAUCUCCACUCAUUGACCUAUUUUUGCUUUCCACAACCAAAUCUCUGCACAACUUUUCAUGAGUGAUGUACCCAAGUAUUCGGACUCUAGAUUUUAACAAUACAGUUGAGAUGAUAUUCACCUAAAUCUGGGUUAUUGCUGAUCAUGUACUCUAUGUAUCAUAUGACUUUUAAAAAAAACCCUAAUUUUGUAUUUGUGGAUAAUCUAAGCACUAUACCCAGAUGUACAGACACUCUUCUCCCAACCUAUGUGUUAUAUAACUUUAACAUUAGCUUUAAUAAAAAUUGUCAAUCUAUUGGUGCUGUUAAGGCUCAGCAAGGAUUGAUUAGGCAUAGAGACUGGACUGAACCUACACUGCAGUUCAUGCAGAUGCACCUGUGCUAGGUGCAAUCUAACUAGCUUGCUAAAAUGAGCAGUGAGGACAUACCAAUGCAAGUUUCGGGCGGUCUACCAAUGCAAGUACGUACCCAGUGGGGCCAGGUGGGCUUGUACAGCCUGCACUGAAGCCCAUGCCCCCAUGUCCUCACUGCUAUUUUAGCUAUAUUACAGCUAGUGCUGGUACAUCUACAUGAGCUGCAAAUUACACCCCUGGAUAUCAAUGUAGAUGUAGCCUUAGAAGCAGUCCCGUCCAGGUCAGGCUUGAAGCACUGCUCUGCAAGCGUUGUACAUGUUCAGUGGACUUUUCAGGCCAGCCUCUUUCAUGAGCAGAAAGUUCCCCAUACAACGAAGAUUAAAAAUAAAAAAGGCAGGGAGUGUUGCAGUGCUAGAGUAAUAUGCCCUCCCUAAUGUAACUAAAGUUAAUGUAUAGAUUCUGAAGCCAGAAGGGACCACUGAGAUUAUGGAGUCUGACCCCAGCACACACACAUAACAGGCCACAAAAUAAUCCCUGUUUUGAACUAAAGUGUAUUUUUUAGAAAAACAUCCAAUCUUGAUUUUAUGAUUUCCAAUGAUGGAGAAUCCACUACAAUCUUUGGUAAAUUGUUCCAAUUAUUAAUUACCCUCACUAUUAAAAAUUUAUAUUUUAUUUCUAGUGAAGGCCUAGGGCACUGGGAUUAAUAGCUUUGUUGCUUCUGAACACUCCAGGAAUGUUUUGGCAGAAUACACCUGCUGUGUCGUUAAAUGUGGCUACCAACCUUGCAUUCCACUGUUUUCAAUGGAAUGUUAAUGGGCAAACCCCUGCAUAGCAGGGAACAAUCAGCUACAACAGUAGUGCUUCUUGAUCAGCGUUGGUGGGGAAUUAGUCCCAGAUACAGCAUUGUUUUUGCUUAUUAUUUUGUUGCUUUUAAAUGCAUGUUCUGCUAGGGAUGUCAUUUACCAUAUGAAUUCUCUUGAUAUACCCAGCAACUUUCUACAUGAAUUCCAAGGUUUGAAUACUGUAAAUUCUUUGUAGCUAGCUCAUAUUGAAACAUGCAUAAUUUUAAAAGUACUUUAUUCACAGGGACUUUGUUCUUCACUCUCCCAACUAAUACUGGAAAUUAGUAGGGUCUGUAAAUGUUAAAUGCAAGAUUUAAUUAAAAGAAGAAAUAUCAUAUUUAAAAAUAGAGCACUUUAACUACUAACAUCAAUUUUAAAUGUUCCAAGCAAUGGAGAGAUUGUAUAUUUCCUGUAUAUAGAAAUAUUAAUAUUUUAUCAUGAUAAAGCAAGAUGAACAAGGUGAAUAUUUGAAAAUGAAUAAGAAUAGCCUACUUGUUUAUCUGGUGACAUAGUUCAGUUCUCAGCUUCAAAAGUAAUGCUUCUAGCACAAUGAGAUCAGAGUAUUAAUUCCAGGUUCUAAUACAAAACAGUGUCUUUUUACUUAUCUCUACCAAGUCCAUUCCUGUCACUUUGAUUGAAAUAAAUGGUAGAUAUUUUUUU